UCAUAACCACGAGGCAUAUUUCCCAAUAAAGACUCUGCGACACUCUCUAUAAGCUAACCUAUCUUCAUCGUCUUCGGUCACCCUCUGCCAAAGAAGCUCUGUCUCUCUGUGUGGUUUGCUGAGAUGAGCUCCAUUUGGGAUUUCAUGGCGACUUGGUUAACUUCCACCUGGCUCUUCAUCUUCUUCAACCUCACCAUCCUCACCCUCUUCCUCGCCUCGCAUUUCGGCUCUCACAAAAAACCACAACAACAACAACAACUCGCUCGAGCCCCGUCUCUGCUCGACCGAGUUAGGUCCUUCGACCUCUCUUUCUACAAGCAGUUCGAGCAACCCAACACAGCCCCGGCCACAGAGUUUCUACAACCCGAUCAGUGCGAUCACGCCAACCCGGAUAAUCCUCCGACCCAACUCGUCCGAUCUCCUUCUCUUUUGGAACGGCUCAAGUGCCUCAACCUCCCCACUCUCUACAGAUCUGACUCGUCCGUCCCGGAAGUGGAACCCGAACCCGAAAAUGAAGCCCCUGACCCGAGCGUGGACACGGACGCGGGCCCGGGUCAGGAUCAUGGCAGUGUGGUGAGACGGACCAAGUCCGCCAAGGCUGUCGGGGCUGCGGAGAGGCCUCGGGAAAAGAUGAAGAAGUCGGUCAGCGAGAGAUCGGCGCUGGAGGAGAACGACGUCGUCAUACGACGCAGAGAAACCUCGGCGUUGGGAGACGACGAAGAGGUGGACGCCAAGGCUGAUGAUUUUAUCAACAGGUUCAAGCAGCAGUUGCGGUUGCAGAGGCUUGACUCUCUUCUGCGUUACAGGGAAUUCCUUAAGGGGGGGAAUUAGGAUUUAAUGUUUUCUUUCUUUUUCGGUCUAUUAUGGAAAAUUAGUUGUUGAUUCUUCCCCUGGAAAAGGCUAUGGGUAUGUUGGUCAUUUCGGCUUUUGAUGACUACAUUAUCAAUGCUCAGGAGAGGAGGUUGGUGAAUGAACGUGGGGUUGGCACUUGGCAGGGAAGGGGGAAGAAAUGAAUACCAGAGAGAGAGAGCAAUAGACCAUGGUGGUGGAAAUUGAUUGAAUUUCGUGGGGGUUGUUCUGUCUUUUUGCUUCUAUUAGGUAAAUUAGCGGUAAUGUAAUUAAAUGGUAAGUAAUUUUGUGUCAGCCUGAUGUGUGUGUGUUUUCAGGAACUUGCAUUUUUAUGGGUGUAUGGGAAGAGUUUCCCCCAAGUGGAUCUGCUCCUUGGAUUGGAUUGAAUUUCAUGGGUCAUUCUGUCAUUUUGAUCCUUUUACGUUUGUUAAAAUUAGGGUAACAUAAUUAAGAGUGUUCUGCGUUAAUUUUGA